UGUCUCGGUUACACAGCUCUCCUGACAGUCAACGGGGGCAAGAGGCUGCUCCGGAGCCACGCCAUGCGCUCGUGCUUGUGACAGGACCACUCCCCCUCUCAUCAGAGUCCAUCGGCACCCCCUGGCUGCCUUUGUCACCGGCAGCAGGGCCGACAUGUGCCUAUGACCAUGGAGAUGAAGGACUCAGGCAGUGUGGUCCUGACAGCUUACCAUCCCCACAGUCCGGCCAGGAUCCCAGGCAUGGAGCAGAACUUUGUGCAGGACAUCACCCCCAGCCAUUCGCCCACCAGCAGGAGAAGCUAAGAGGAGUUAUUCCUGUGCUCAGAGGAAACAGGCAUGACCUCUAUGCCAAAUGGCCAGUGAGCUCUCUAAGAAAGUCUUUCUCCCGCUGUCGAAGAAUUAACAGAAUGAUUUCCAAUGAGUCCACACCUUCUCCUGCAUUCAGUCGCUCCAACUCUCAAGCCUCCAUGGACAGCACCUCCAUGGAGGACUUCUGGUGUGAAGUGGAGAGCAUCAAGGAGAGCAGUGAAGGUGGAUCUGAAGAAGCAACUCUCUUGGAGUUCAAACCUGCUGACGAAGGCGAGCUAGAGGCAGAAUGGCUGCAAGACGUAGGUUUAUCUACGUUGAUAUCGGGAGCUGAAGAGGAGGACGGCCAAGCCCUGCUGUCCACUCUCACCCGAACUCAGGCUGCUGCUGUACAGAAGAGGUACAAUACCUACACUCAGACACUGAGGAAGAAGAACAAGCACACAGUCCGGGAUGUGCGAGACAUCUUUGGCACCAGUGACUCUUCUCCCACAUUUGAGACAGUUCCAGUGUCACCAGUUCCUUCUAAUGGUAUCCAGCUUCCUGGGCAGAAGCCAGUUUGGAAAUCAGUUAGCUCUAAUAGCUGUGUAGACUGCAGACUAGAUAAAGGCAGCCCAUCCGUAACAGAAGAGCUCUCCUAUGAGGUCUCUUUCUCAGAAUCCAUAAUGGUCCUUCCAAAACCCCAAGAAUGGCCGAAAAACCAGAGGUUCAAAAAAGAAGACUCUGCUUUGCCUAAAUUCAUUAUUCGGAAAAGCCGCUUUGGGCUGACAGAGGUUGGAGACCUUUCUCCUGAAGACAUGAAGAAGAUCCGCUACCUCUCCCUGAUUGAGCUAACGGCAUUCUACGACGCACUGGGGGUGGAGCUGAAGAGGAACCGUGCAGAGAGGGUGCGAGGACGAGAAAAUGGUCUAUUUGGAGCCCCUCUCACCAUACUGCUGGAGAACGAUCAAAAGAAGGUUCCUGGAAUAAAAGUUCCUCUCAUCUUCCAAAAAUUGCUGCUAAAGCUUGAGGAAACAGGUUUAGAAACCGAAGGAAUUCUACGAGUUCCUGGAUCUGCUUCCAGAGUCAAGAAUCUCCAUCAAGAACUUGAAGCAAAAUUUUAUGAAGACACUUUUGACUGGGACCAAGUACGAAACAAUGAUGCAGCAGGACUGCUGAAAAUGUUUAUAAGAGAACUACCAAGCCCACUCUUCACAGUAGAAUAUCUGCCUGCUUUUAUCACGUUGGUGGAAAAAAUCUCCAAGAUCAAGUUACAACUACAAGCUUUGCAUCUGUUGAUAAUGCUGCUGCCUGAAGCCAACAGAGACACAGCCAAGGCCUUUCUUCAAUUCCUGAAGAAGGUGGUUGCUAAUGAAGGGAAGAAUAAAAUGAAUUUGUGGAAUGUUUCUAUGAUCGUUGCACCAAACCUCUUCAUCUACAAAGGGAAACGUGCAAACCAACAAGAAAUGCAAACAGCUGCCACCACAGCGCACAUUGUGCGCCUCUUAAUUCGGUACCAGGACAUCCUGUGGACAGUCCCAUCCUUCCUGAUUUCCCAAGUCAGAAAAAUGAAUGAGGCAGCAAUGAACAACAGCAAGAGGCAGAUGAUGUUUGACAAAGGAGUGAGAAAACUUCUAAGGAGAAAGACCAUGGAACGGGAGAGACCUGAAAGACCAGAGGGAGCUGUCACUUUUCCCUCAUACCUGCAGUCUGACAUACCCGAAGGGGUUAUAAGAGUUUAUGCUCCACUGCAUUCAAAAAUCUCUAUGGCAAUUCAACUCAACAGCCAAACAAAAGCCAAAGACAUCCUGGCUCGAUUCCACUGUGAAAACAGCUGCGGAUCAUCACAGAACAUGAGAGGACAGAUCCAAAGUUUACAUGAAAUUGGAGGAAAUAUAGGUCAGCACUGUUUGGAUCCAGAUGCAUACAUGUUAGACGUUUACCGUGCAAAUCCUCAUGCAGAAUGGGUGAUAAAACCAAAAGCAAGCUGAAGCAGAAUGCUGCAGUGUACAAAAGCCAAAAUGGAGACAAAAGACAAAAGCCAAAUGGAAAACACUGAUGCCUGUCAUUUUAAGAAGCUCUAGCCAGAGAUGAAACAAAAUGGUAUCUGCAGGACAUCAUUCCUUCCUACUGUACUGUCCAAUUGAUGUUUGCCAUGUAGUACUCUUGGUAUAAGUGUUAUCACUCCAGCUUCUGGACCAUCAGAAAAUGUAACACCAGAUAUGCUUCCAUAUGGGCUACACUUGUGCCCAUUGGCCCAGGAGUUAAGGAUGGACGAAGGUACAGUGCACAGCAAACAACUUGUCACAUAUGGAGUUGUUAAUUUCCUGACCUGGUGUUAGAACACAAUUUUUUGGAAGUAAGCCAGUGGCAUCCGAGGAUGCAUGAAACACUACCGACCACACUGUAGCACACAAGCAUCACAGAGACAUUCAAGAGGAGAAGGUAUCUGUCAAGGGUGGAAGAGAGGAGCUUGACCUGUAGCAGUGCCAGGACAGCUGUGUGAGAAAAUCAAACUUUUCUGCUGAAAGUAAACCUGUACAGUGUGCAUUACUGCAAUAUUUAUGUCUCUCAGUCACUCCUCAUGAGUAUCUGAUGCUGAGGAACGGAAGGAGGCAAGGGGAAGAAUUACUGUAUAGACAGCUACACUGCUUCAUGUAUGCACCACUGUAUAUAUUACUACCAGUCUUCCAAGAUCGUCUGUCUGGAUCAUGUCACUAUGUGCAAUUGUAGUGCUGCAGACCAUUUCUCCCUCUUUUCCCAUCAUAUAAACACGCUUGAGGUGACAAAUGCUAGGUGAGAAGGGGCAUACAUCCCUGCCUCUUUUACUUGACACUUUCAGAUUUAAGUCUGUGUAAUGCCAUAAUAUAUGUUUUCAUGUUGCCACUUACAGCCAUCAUCCUUUUUUUUUUGUUAAACAUUAUAGUUUCUUAAAUUGUAACCUAAUUCUUUUCUUUUGUAUUUUAACUUUAAUUUGUAAGCAACUUGUAUACUAUUCAGCUGCAUUGAGAAGAGACAUCUUUGUCCGGAUCUUGUAUCAUACAGCAUGAGAGGGAAAAAAGCUUCCAAUAAGCAUAGGGAUUUUAAUACUCUUAAGUAAUACUUACACAUUCGGGCCUCAAAACUUAGCCAAACUAGGCUCAAUCAUGAGGGCUUUACUGAUGCAUGGCAAAUUGCAGGUCCUUUUACAGACAGCAUACGGUCUGUGAAACAUACAGCACAGCAAAUGCACCACAGUCUGUCCAGGCUGUAGCCAGUCAACAGGGUGAGCACUGUUCUUUACCUAAUCCUCUUAUUUUUGACUAUACUUUGCAAACUAAAGCACAUUCAUUGAGUAGGGAAUUCACAAGUCUCUGAAAAACAGCAAGUAUUUGUUUCAUUUUUGUCUUACACAAGAUGGGAACUAAUGCAUUCAACUGCACGGCAAUGCCUAUGUCAUUGGAUGAUGCUAUUGCACAAUGAAUUCACCUACAGCCUGAGUGAUGGGUUUAGUUCCUGAUCUGGACACACAGAUGAGACAGAAACUGGUGUGCUGUUUACCAGACAGCAGCACAAAAGCAUUCUAAACCAAGUCCUCCAAGUGAACAUAAAGUAUGCCGCCCUGCAGAGAAAGCCUGUAACUUGCGAUGAACUAAUCUGCUGAAGCUGUGCAGUGAAGACUUUCAUACUCUAGAAACCCUACUUCUGGCUCAAUGUUAAUCACGUUCCCCAGUAGUUAACUUUCACUGUUGAUGUUCAGUGAAAAUCAACGUUGAAUCAGCAACAAUAAUGUCCACAGGGGGCAGCUCUCAUCUUCCUCUUACCUUCCUGAGGUAAAAAAUGAUAACAUUUAGCAACGUUAUGCUUUAAUGUUAGAUAAAACAAUAACAUUUUUAAUUUGCCUUUUUGUUCCUUUUUUUUAAAAAAAAGAAAAAAACACUAAUGGAUGCAUAGUUGCAGCCAGGAAAAAAAACAGGACCAGUUGUAUUAUAAAAUACACUGCUUAUUUUGACAGCUAUUUAUUUUAAGUACAUGAGAGGCAGUAGAUCUGUGGUUCAUUCACAGGACUAAGCAUAAAUGUUUUGCCAAGUGGGUUGUUUCCAAUCCCCUUCAGUUCCCUCUGUGGCUAUGUACAGCUCCUUUCUGUUAUCCUGCCCUUUCCUUUUAGCUGUAAAGCAGGACUAGUACUUUCUUUAUAAAGGUAAUGUGAGAAUUAGUCAAGUUAAAUUCCGCUCUCAGAUGCAGCCAAACAACUCCCCAAGCAGAAGAGGAGUUAUAAACAUCCAUCUAGGAAGGACAAACUCAGCAAAGGGAUUUUAUGUGAAAACUGCAUUGAAUACGAAGAGUAUCACAUAAAUGCCAGGCAUCGUUGUAUUUAUAGCCAAUGAAAGAGCUCUUGCAACUACUCAGAAAGCCUCAACAUUAACUAAAGAAUGUGAAACGUUGUAACAAAUGAGGUAACUUUCAGACAAAUGCAUUAACCUCCUCCACCUUGGCCACUCACUUCACUCUCUGUUCACAACAGCCAUGCAGAAGGUUCAGAGCACCCAUGUGUCUAUGCUGUGACUAGCUCUCCAUGCCUCCUGGACCCAGAAAUGAGAACUGAAAAUUAGUUCUGAAAUAGAUCUCACUGUAUUCCAUACAGGAUACAAGACAGCUUUGGAAGAUUUUCAUCUUUUACCACUUACAACUUAUGAAAGCCAAAUCUGACAUGAUAAUUUCCAUCCUUUGAACACCUGUUUUUUACUAAAAUUGCCUAUAACUUUGUAAGACAUGCCCAUUAGCAGAUGAGCUAGCUUCUGUGUACAGUGCCCAGACUACUACAGCAUGGCCAAAUACCUGCUGUCUCUGAAAACAGAGUGGAAAAAUUCUUUUUUGAUACAAAUGGACCUAAUGACCCAUGUGUACUAUGGUUAAUACUGUUACACAUUAAGUUGUUUUGUGUUCUUGUGGUACACUAACUUGACCUAAGAUGCUGCAGACCAAUUGAACAAUCUCUAUGACAUUUUUGAAUAUGAGGUCUCAACUUCAGACCUUUUAUUACAAAAUCUUGGUAGAGGUAGCAUGAAUUUUGUUCUUCCUAAGAGCAGUCAAAGACAAAACCAAGUUACGACAGGAUUGUCACUUAACAAACAGUAACAUAUAUAGAACACUAUUAAUGAGAAAGUGGCAGCAAGCAGGGAGAAAAUUAUUCUGCAAACUCCAAAGAUGUCUCAAAACAUUUGUGUACUCCACGGUUCUACAAAGACAGCAUUUUGCAUAUCAACACAGAGAGAGAGUGUAUUGCAAGAAGUAGGUAUUGGAAACAGACUGGAAUGCUCUAACCUGUUUAUGCAGUUAAUACCACUAGAAUGUGUGUAUGUGUGCAAAUGUGUCUAUGUCUAUGUAUAAUAUUAACUACCUCACUGUGCAUUGUCCAGGAAAAAUAUUUUGGCUUAGAGGUUUACUAUUCCAAAACUUUUUAUUAUUAAUUUCAUCUCUCCAAUAGUCUUUUACAUUGAUAAAAUAUUUCUCCUUUAAGGGGCAAGAUUUGAAAAUUAACGAAAAAUAGCUAUUAAAAGACAUAUUUCAAGAUAUGGAUGAAAUUUUAUCCAAAUCUUGUUGCCUCAAAUACUGCUUGUAAUCUGAAUCUUAUGAGAUCAGAUCUUGGGAUAACAGACAACCAUACUGCGCUUCAGUUUUUAUUUUUUCAAUGGCUUUCCAUUAAUGUCUGUCUUCUCUGGAAAUAAUAUGAUGCCACUAAUGAAAGCAAAAUGUUUGUAUGUACAUUUCCCGUACAAUCCUCGUUAUGUUAUGUGUUUUGUUGAAGUAAGCCCACACAUAAAUGUUUGUACAGCAGAAGGUGUCCAUUGUAUUGUAUUCGUGUCAAAAAUAAAAACAGUACCAACAAAGAAAGCUCUUCAAAUCUAAACACAUGCGUUUGGGAUAGAAGCAGAUGACAGAAAUUAGAAAGCACCUCUGUUGUUAUAGCACCUGAAGAGCUAGCUAUACAAAGAACCACAUUCUGCCAUCCUUGCUCAAGUGGAGCAGUUCUUUGCUGCAGGAGCUCUUUUCACGGAGCACCUCAGCACAAGGUACAUAGUGACACUGCUUAGAAUCCUGCCUCAUUGAAAUCAAUGAUGCACUGCUUUAGGCUUUAUUUGAGCCAGUACUUUUUUAUAGUAUGAAAUAUAGAGAGCAAAACUGUCUUUAGAACAAAUUGUAAAAGGCAAAGAAACUCAUAAGCGGCAAAGAAAUACCAUAAGGAGCAAAUAAAAAUACUGCUAGUUGAAAGAGAGAAAGAAAAAGAGGUGGAAGUGACUUGUAAAAGAACUGUUUAUUACAGAUCCAUCUUCAACCAUGAGACAUGUUGGUCAUUGCUCAGACAUACAAUCAGAUGAUGAACAGUUGUCUUGGAGUCAUAUCAAGUGUGUGUCCCAAAAACCUGGCUCCUGGAAGACCGAUUUUAGAAAAAGAGGUGGGCACAGUAGGAAAAAAGUAAAGACAGGACUGUGGACUGGCCUGUAAAUUAGGAAUCACAGAGCUUCCCUGUGUCUUGCAUGAAAUGCUGUUUACCCAAGAAAGGUGCAUUAGUUCCCGUUGCUAAAAUACACAAUGAUUGCCAGGACAGAUCCCAAGUCAUUCCUUCACCAACACAACUUUUUAUACACAUCUCUGUGCCAUGGAGCUGCUGCUUGUGCUGUAGCUGGUUACACCAAAGGAUAAACAGAAACAUGAUCUUCCCAGACAAUGUGGCUCUAAUGGGAGUCAGAAGCACUGGAUAUUAAGGCAGGAGGAAAAAGGAUUGAAGCUGCCAUAUAAAGUAUAAAUAAGAAAAUUUUAUUCAUUAGACGCAACCUCAGGCCUUCAAAGCUAUAGCUUUAGUCUCCUGCCCCCUCUGCUGGUCUCUAUCCACUUGUAUGUUUCACUUCCUAGCCUUCUGGCUCUUUUUCUAACAGAAACGUAUGGACAACUGAACUCCAUGAAAUAAUGCAGAGUUUAUUGCAGUUUUAUUACAUAGUCCAAAAUUAUUACCUUUUUAUAAAAUGACCGACACAUAAUAAAAUGAAAUACUGUCAAGUAAUCAAAACAAAACAUACUGUAAACACUGAUUAAUAAACAUUCCCAAAAAGAAAAAUAUCCAAUUAAUGCCAUUAACAUUGUACUAGAGGUAUUUAUUGUUAAAAACCUUUUUGUUAAAAUGCAGACAAAUAGUUUCUGAUGAAAAAAAAGAGACCUGAGUUGGAAAACAACCAGAAAAUCAAAGAGAUGCAGGCUCUCACCAAUUCUUUCCAUUAUGAAAUUGGAAUGAAAAAUAACAGAUUGACAAAAUAAACACCCCUCUCUCAGUACAGACAGGCUUUGCUGCAGUUCAGUGCUCAGCCCCAGGGCAGGAAUGAGGAAAGACUCCAUGCAGGUCAAAAGCUCUGCUGAAGUCAAAUAAUUCUGCCUGUUGGCCCUUGGUCAACAUGAGGUUCCUCAAACAGCCAUGGAAUGAGCUCUUGCUUGUGAGGCAGUUUUGCUUCACGUCAGCUGAAAAACAAAUGUGAAAUAUGUAGAAUCUAUUUCCAAUGAACCAAAAUAACAAAAAGAUCCAGGCUGUCCCCUCCUUCCCAAACUAGAUACAAAACCAGCACCUGAGAAGCAGCAAGUUCCAUUCAUGUUUGGAUAAUCUGAGUGGUCCCACCAUGGACAGCCACUGCUGCCUUCAAGCAUGAGUCAUGCAUUGGGAUAACUUGUGCAGAGUUUGAAGAAAUAUUUUACCAAUAGACAAUGGGAGAUAAGAGAGGGGAAAGGAGAGGGAAAAGACACUCUAUACAGAUGUCUUCCAAGUUAAAAUUGAAAACAACAGAAAAUAAGAGAACAACUGAGCUGUACAGAGCCAUGGACUCCACUGGCAAACCAAAACAUGAGGUUGGUAGUGAGUCCAACUCUUUUUUUCUACAUAAACUGUGCAAUAAUUCAUUCUCCUUCUGCAGAAUUUCACUCCUCUCUAUUCCUUACAGAUGGAACACUGAAAGAACAAUUAGUAUCACAUUACGCUAUUAGGGAAAAAAAAAAUGAAACACAAGAGAGGGUUCACAGGGUGCUGAUAAGGCUGCUUUGGCAUAUGAUGAAGACCAAAUAUUAAUCAAGAUCAAAUAUUAAUCCAGUUAAUGAGCAGUAACUCAUUUUUCAUGAAGCACCCAAACCCUGUCCAAUAGAUGGCUCUGUAACAUUUCAAGCUGUUAUCACAAAGCUUUCCAAAUAUUGAAAAGUUGGGUUUGAUCAUCAGAUCUCAUCAUUCUGUUUUCACAUAAAUGGAAAUAUCUGUACUGAUAAACUAUAAAAGCUGUUUCAGAGACAAAUGGAUAAACCAUACGGAGCCUACUCACUCUCAGUACCAAUACCCUCAUUAAAAAGUGUGCUUGCAGAAAGGCCUAACUCAAGAUACUCAAAACAAAAUCCUCUUAAUGAAUACACCGUCUUUGCUCAAAUUAUCAACUGAGUUGCAUAACUUAAUUGAAAGGUAGUUCAAUUAUUUGUUCUUUGCAUUACUAUCUUUUUAUAUUACCAUAGUAGCACAUCUGAAGAGUAACUUCAGAAUGGAAUUUGCACAGAAUACGGGAAAUACAUGUUCAUCUGCAGCUGCGCAGCCCCUGACACAAAACAUUGGCAAAAACAGAGCAGAGAAGAGAGCUAUAGAACUCUUACUUAGAUAAUGUGAAGGGAAGCCUUAAUAUCAAUAUGACUGCAAAAGAACUGCACCUUAACAUACACAGGCAGGGAUGUUGUGAAGUCUGAGAGAUUGUGAAAGACAAACCAUGUGGAGGAAAUCCUUCUCAAACUAAGGAGCAGAUUUGUGUAGGAAAGUGAUACGAGUUCAGUCAGUGUUGCCAACACAUGCAACAGCUAAAUGAAGUCUUCCCCAAAGACAAUACACAGAAAUAUUCAAUACGCUGUGAUCUCAGCAACAAUGUGGAAAGUGGUAGAACCAUAAAUAACCAUGAUUUAUUACUCAACCAUGAACUUCAUGAAUCAGAUGGGAGAGCAUGAGUGAGGGAAAGAGGGGAGGGGAGUGAGAUAAGGAGGUGGGGAGAGAGUGCACAUGUUAAAGAGUUGUUCUAAUGAGACAGAGUGAGAGCAGGAGGGAGAGAAGGGAAGAGAAAUAUUAUUGUACCUACCAGGAUAGCCUCCAACAUAAAUGGGAUUGUUUGUAUCUGCAGAUGUUGACUGGAUGUAGGGAUUAUCAGUUUGAACCAAAUUCCCAUCAAUUAUCAGAGAAAUGCGAUGUUUGCUUUUGUUUGCUUGAAGCUUGUGCCAUUUUCCAUCACACAAACUGUUUGUGCUUCUUGGUUCAUAUGUAGCUGUUAUUCUUCCAGCUCCAUUGUUGACAUGGAAUAAAACCUGUAUAAACAGCCAGAUGCCAAUAAAGAUAUAAAGUAAGAA